AUGCCACGCCUCGAACCAAAGACCCGCGAGGAGCUCACCCCAGGGCAGCAAGAACUCCACGACCUGUUCGAUGAUUCCGCAACGAAAGCAUACGGCGACCUCUUCACAUGGAGAAUCGACGGACGGCAAAUCGGGCCCAUGCCCUUCUUCCUGCACCAUCCGAAGAUCGGAAUGGCUGCGAUGCAAUUGAACGGUGCGAUGGCCCAGAUCCCGCUACCGCCAGACGCGAAGGAGACGGCCAUUGUCACCGUCACGGCGUACCAUAAAGCCGCUUAUGCGGUCUAUUGCCACGAGCGACUGGCGUCUGCGCCGGGGUAUCUGGAGAAGAAUCAGCUGGAACUGAUCAAGAAAGGGGAGAAGCCGGAUGGUUUGAAUGAGGGUUGCAGCGUGGCGUUUGAUGUUGCGUUGAGACUGAGCACCACGCCAGGCCCGAUGCCUCAGCAGUUGUGGGAUAGAGGGGCUGCUGUGUUUGGGAAGGACGGUCUUGUUGCGCUUCUGCAUUACAUUGGGUUCUACUCGCACGUUAGUAUGUUGAUGAAUGGGACGGAUGUGCCUGUGCCAGAGUCUUGA